AGCAAAAGAAAGCUAUGUUGAUGUGCUCAUGCGGAGUAGUUCAGUGACUGAACUUCAGUUGUAAGACAACGUUUGCCGAAGUGUGUCAUCCCUCUGACCCUGAGACUCGAAAGCAUAACACGAUCUUGGUAGACCCUCAAAACUUUAAAAUAGCUUUCUUUCCAAAAUAUUGUAGCUAUUUAAAUGUUUUAAAAAAUAGUUAGAUAUUUACUGGUGUGUGUACACAAGAGCGUCGGUCUCUUGAUGUAAUGUGUUUGUUAUUAUCUCUGUGACACGCCCUUUAUCCGUAUAUACCUGUUGACCGAAAUUUGAUAUCAAAAACAUUUUUCUUUCGUCUAAAUUACAACCUCAAAGAUCGACAUCAGACACUAUCCGUCAUUGCAAUGGGUAUCCCUAGCAUGAACAGAGUUGAUGACAGUGGUUAUUAUGAUGGAAGUAGAGUUUUUUCUUGGCUUUCUGAACCUACAGGUUUAUCUGUAGACCAGAUUAACUUUCUACUGAGCCAAUUCACUGCUGUAGGUGCAGCUUUUGCCUUUCGGUACCAACUUCACAAUUCCAGAGUAGCACCUGAAACAAGACAUGGGGCAGCAUUACUUUUGGGUUUGAUCAUGGUUGUGUUUUGCUUUGGAAGGCAGGCACUACACCUUGCUUGUCUUUCAAGCAUAUCUUAUGCCAUCUUGAUGACUGCAAGCCCCAAAAUUGCACAAAGGUUGGUUCUUAUCACUUCGAUGCUUUACUUAUCACUUGUUCAUAUCAAACGACAGUAUUAUAGCUAUAAUUCGUACACGCUCGACAUAUCAGGUCCGUUAAUGGUACUAACGCAAAAAGUGACAAGUCUCGCGUUCUCAUUGCACGAUGGGGUUGCCCGGAAAACGGAAGACUUGACUCCAUUCCAAAAACAACAGCUUAUUCGUAAGGUCCCAAAUCCACUGGAAUACUACAGCUACGUUUUUCAUUUCCACGCCGUGAUGGUUGGACCCACGGUCCUUUUUGCUGACUAUACCGACUUUAUCAACGGAAAGCAUUUUGCCAAUAAAUCAGUAGAAGCGAAAUCAGCAAAAGAAACGGCCGACGAAACAACUGGCGAUGAGAUUGACGUUAUUUCCACUCCGGAACCUUCAGCUGUGUCGAUCGUUUUUAAGAAACUCUUUUUCAGCCUCGUUUGUGCUGGUCUUUUCGUCAAACUCACGCCCAUGUUCCUCAUAACUCGAAUCAAAGAUGACGAUUUUGUCGAAAAUACUUCGUUGUUUGGCAAAACACUUUUCAUCCUGUUAUCGACUACAUUCGCACGCAUGAAAUACUAUCACGCCUGGCUUUUGGCUGACGCAAUCUGCAACGCUUCUGGGCUGGGAUUCAAUGGCUACACAUCAUCCGGCAAGGCGAAGUGGGAUCUUAUAUCCAACGUUGAUAUUUUAAAAUUCGAAUGCGGUCUGAGUUUGAGAGACAGCAUCGACAACUGGAACAAAUUUACCAACCGCUGGCUUCGUUUCGUUGUGUAUGAACGGACCAAUCGGUUCCAAACUGUUCUUACAUACUGUUUGUCUGCCAUGUGGCACGGAUUUUACCCGGGUUAUUACAUCACCUUUCUCGGUGGAGCCCUGUGCACAUUGGCUGCCAGAUCCGUUCGCCGCUCGGUUCGUCCCUUUUUCACGGCAAACCGCGUGACGCAGGGAUUUUAUGAUGUCCUAACUUUCAUGACUACACGUGUCGUUAUGGCCUAUCUGACCUUUAGCUUCGUUCUACUUGAAUUUUUGCCAUCGAUGCGUAUGCUGGCACACAUGUAUUUCUGGGUCCAUCUUCUCUCAUUGGCGGCCAUCUUUAUCCUUCCCAAAUUGCUUCCACCUCCAAAACCGAUCAAGGAUCAACUGGAGCAGCAGAAACGUCUGGCGACCGCUAAACUUCCUUCUUCUUAGAUUGCUAAGGUGUAUUUACAAACUUUUUUGAGAAUUAACUAAGGGAAGGGGUUAACCUUGACUAAAAAAUAUGUCAUUAUUAAUUACCAAAAGUUACUUGAAACCUUGCUUAACAAUCACGGGAUGGAUAUUUUUUUAGAAAUUAUCCCCAUCUCUGUGAUUACAUUUGUAUUAUUAAUCAAUUCCAGUUAAGCAACUGGCACAUUCAACCAUCACGUUCAUUUCGCACAAAUAACACUAAGCAGCCCUAUAACCUGCUUUAGCGUGAUUCAAGUAUAUCGGUAUUUUACAGCAGCUAUAUAAGUUAUAGAUAAUCUUUUAUCUUCCAGAAGAGUUGAAAAUGUAUGUUUAAUAAAAAACAACCCAUGACCUCUAUCCCCUUGUAUCUUGAAACUCGUUGUGAUUUCAUAUGGAUGUGAUGUGACAAGAUUCAGCAUAUUCCGGCUUCGAUAUGUGUCAGCCGUGUGUAGGCUACGACUAAUCUAUUUCCUUGCAUAUAAAAUGUUUAAAAUACUGCAUAAAAUCAUUAUACACUUCGAGUAGCUCACACAUUUGUUGCUUAUUGAGGUUACUUAAUUAUCAGUACAUCCUGCUGACUGUCGUGCAAUUGUUUCUACCGCCAGCGUGAGCUAAAAAAAAAUCGGGAAUUCGUUAAAAAAACACGUACAUAGUAGUAACAUAUGGGUCUCCUUAUCUAUUUGUGUACGUUUGUCGAAAUUGGUUGCUGGUCGGAAAGAUUGGGUCCUUUCCGCGAAUUUAGCUAGCCAGCUGUAUUAUAUCUGGGUGGAGAUAUCAGACUGAUGAAUCAAUGUUUGAACCCGAUAGCGGAAAACAGCAAUUAUGGAUGAUUCUGCUUUUUUUUCUUUUUAAGGAAUGAUUCAUGGCUAAAAUCGUCCGGCAAUCACGCCAUCACGUGGCUCAGUCAACGCCAUCGAAUGAACUUGUGCGCAAUAGUUAAAAGGCUUUCGUAACUGUAAAUUGGAUUGGCAGCUUUUCCGCUAGAGGCACGUGUAAAACUAGUUCGAAUUUCCGAACGGGACGGCGGGACCUGUUUUGCUUCAGCGUUAUUACGGCAUAUUACAACGGGUCAGUUGAUUCUAAAAGGAAAACCUCUGCGAGGUGAUUGCUGUCACGCAGUUAGCUCGAUCAAAGUCAAAUCUGAUAACAAGGUUCAGUGCAUUCCACAUCCUGUUUCCUGUAUUUCUUUGCGUUGCCAAAAGGAAACAAAAAAAAAACACAAUAAGUAUCCAUCUAAGCUUAUAUAUAUA